GGCACGCUGUGGACCGACCCCUGUGGCACGCCACAGUACACCUUCAUCGACUACGGCUCAACAGCGUCGUACGUGCCGUUCAUAGGGUGCGUCGACAGCCGGCUUGAGUGCUGUCCAUUUACGCCCGUGACAACCACCGUGGGCGCCGCCGGGACCUCCACACGCAUCUGCCCACAAUCACGAGACGCCAAGGACGCGGUUGUAAAGAGCUGUCCCGCCGACUAUUACUCAGUCGCUGGGGGUUGCUGUCCCAAGUAA